CUCCAAGUCGUAUACACCGAUCCUGAAACUCACGUCACGCCACAGUCGAAAUUCGAUGGGGGAGUUUCGAACCGACGUGUAACUGGCCGGGACGCACCAGGAUGGAGAACAAUGACCCGCUGGCCGUGCGAUUCGUUGCGGGUGCAGUCGCGGCCUCGACGGCCGAGCUAUGCACACUCCCCCUUGACUGCUCCAAAGUUCGCAUGCAAACCCACGGCAUGCACACGCCGACGUCUGUCCAAUUCAACGCUGGACUUGUCGAUACGAUUCGCAAGGUCGUGCGAUACGAAGGGGUGCUGUCACUGUGGAAGGGGGCGACGCCCGCAGUGAUUCGCCAGGUCACCUUUUACAGCGUGAGCAUGGUUUUGUACACUCCCCUUCGGGACGCCCCCAUUUGGCCGACCGAGGCAUCGUAUGCAUCGAAACUUAUCGCGGGGGGGUGCUCGGGGGCGAUUGGCAUCGCGCUGGCAAACCCACUCGACGUUGUCAAGGUCAAAAUGCAGAACGAUCGCACGAAAAAACGACUCUAUCGUGGCAUCGGCGACGCCUUGAAGCAAAUAUACCAUGCCGAAGGGUACCGCGGCUUCCUGCGGGGCAUCUCGCCAAAUAUUCAACGGUGCUUCCUUGUCAACGGCGUCGAAUUUGGCACGUACGACCAAAGUAAGGUGUCGUUGAUUCAAGCAGGCGUUGUCCGCGAUGGGACGGUCGGCGCGACAUUGGCGGCAAGUUUCGCCGCUGGAUUCGCAGGAGCGGUCGCGUCGAGUCCGUUGGACGUGAUUAAAACGACGCUCAUGGUGCACCAGAACAAUCGGCACUACACUGGCGUGUGGGAUUGCGGUCGCGACAUUUACCAGAAGCAGGGCUUUCGAGCGUUUUACAAGGGAUUCACAGCAUACUACCUGCGGGAAGCGCCGUGGUGCUGCCUCUUCUUUCUCACAUACGAAGGCGUCCGCAACGUCUUGGUAGGAACCCGGCAGGUGGCUUGAGGUGAAUUACAAAUACAUGCUACUUGGUUCGGAGCUAUCGUUGUGGGAUGCUUCGAGAAAUGGAUGGUCCUCCAGGAAUGGCGGUGGCGUCGCAGCAGACCAUUUUGCAAUGCACCCCUUGGCAAUGAGUGUGCGGCGGACGUGCUCCUUGAGCAGCCCCACCAACGUCGACGUGGAAUUUUCCCCCGGUCGAUCCAGUGCGUACGCUGGUUUGACCGUAGCGUGGGCUGCAUCCGCCAUCGCAUGGGCUAAGUAGUCAUCGCUUGACUGGCCGUACACCUACCACACGUCCAUUCGAUGCAUUGAAUUCGAGAAAAAGGAGAGUGGA